AUGUCUAUGGAUAUGGCCGCAGGUCAAUACCGGCAACAUAUGUCAAGCGCUGCUGCGUAUUCGCAACCCGAAAGCCUUCACUACGAACACCAACAUGGCGCAGAUCCUGAACGCUACUACACCAAUCAACCGUAUUAUCCCUCGCACGAAGACGACGGUCUGAACUACUCGUCUCAUGAAGAUCACAAUCCUAUCACCACUGCCUCCUACGACAACCCAGCCACGACCUUGCCGUAUCACAUCCGCAAUCAGUCUACUGCCCAUGAUCAAUAUGAUGGCGCGCCCAUUCCUCCUCCUAGGACAUCUUCUCAGCAGCAGGGCUCUCCACGCGCCCCUGUAGCUCCUUCAACUGCUCCAUUGGAGGCAAGAGUAGCUGCAGCACGACAGGUGAGACAAAAUGCACCAGAUUCGCACGCUGGUCGGGUUCAGAAUCGUGUCGGAGAUUACAAUGAAGAAACACGAGAUAGGUCUCGGGAUGAUACAUCAACGGCCGCUGCGUCCACUGCACGUAGCCGACGAAAGGGUCCUGCCAGUCCCGACGGUCCACACCGUGCCGCAAGCACACGAGAACGAGGUGCACACACUGCGCCUACCCAAAGUCGGUCUGAAGCCACCAUGCACCCAUCUAACACCGCCGCCUCUCUGGCACGCGAGUAUAGCGAUGUGAUCAACAGAGUGGUCGUAUCUGAUCCACAAGAAGAUAUUGAAAGAGCCCAAGAAAGAAUUGCCGAAGCUCAACCCAUGAACCCAGAUACCCGAAACGUCCCCGAUCUCGAUGAUGAUAUUCUGCCUCCACCAGGACCAGCUCGUCGCCAAGACUACUCCAAGUCAUCUCGGCGCAAGGACGUCCAAUUCGGGGACUACGUGCUUGGUCAGACGCUUGGUGAAGGUGAAUUCGGUAAGGUCAAGUUAGGCUGGAAGAAGGACGGAAGCACUCAGGUGGCGAUCAAGCUCAUUAGGAGAGAGACGGUCGCCUCAAACCCGACACGACUUCCCAAAAUCUAUCGCGAGAUUUCCAUCUUGCGUGAUCUGGCGCAUCCGAAUAUCGUCCGACUCCAUGAAAUGGUCGAGACAGAACGACACAUCGGCAUCAUUUUGGAAUAUGCCUCUGGAGGCGAGCUGUUCGACUACAUUUUGAAUAACCGAUAUCUCAAAGACCCCGCGGCCAGGAGACUGUUCGCGCAGCUUGUUUCGGGAGUCGGCUACCUCCACAAGAAAGGCAUUGUCCAUCGUGACCUGAAGUUGGAAAACCUCCUGCUCGACCAGAAUCGCAACAUCAUCAUCACAGAUUUUGGAUUCGCUAACACAUUUGACCCCAAAGACGACCUGUCUGAUGAAAUUGUAUACAACCUUGGUAACAAGGAGUUUAUCCGGAAGUUCAAACUCGAUCGACUGGAUGCCCGCGGAAUGAGAAGAGGCGACCUGAUGCAAACCAGCUGUGGCAGCCCUUGCUAUGCUGCCCCUGAACUGGUGGUCAGUGACUCCCUCUACACCGGCCGGAAAGUUGAUGUGUGGAGUUGUGGAGUUAUUCUGUACGCUAUGCUGGCAGGAUACUUACCCUUCGACGACGAUCCUGCAAACCCUGAAGGUGACAACAUCAAUCUCCUCUACAAGUACAUAACCACCACCCCAUUGACGUUCCCGGAAUAUGUCACGCCCCAUGCGCGAGAUCUUCUUCGCCGAAUUCUAGUUCCAGACCCUCGAAAGCGGGCCGACUUGUUUGAGGUUGCCCGACACAGCUGGCUCAGUGAAUAUCAGCAUGUGGUGUCCGAUAUGACCAGCAGUACCACCAAUGUCGCCGAGAUUCCGCAGGGCAGUGUUCGAGCUGAAGAUGAGGAACGGCCCGCCGUCAAUAGAAGUGCGUCAGUACGUGAAGUACCAGCGAAACAUAGUCGGGCUUCUCCCGGCGCCCUUGUGCGCUCCCCAGAGGGACUGUUGCACGAAGGCGACGAGGAAUCCACCGGUUCACGGAGAACCCGUCAUACACUGCAACCCGAAUAUGUCCCUCCCCAGACUCAUACGGCUCGUGGACAAACUGGCGUCGCAACAGGACCAGCAGUCAGUCACACUCAACAAGAGGCAACUCGUGUUGUCGCCCCCAUGCAGCCAAUAUCGUUGUCAAAACCGCUACCUCAGGAUCCACCUGUCGAGUCUACGCGAGAAAGAGUGCAAACCGCUUCGCAACAGAAGAUGCCGCCUGUCCGUCCCGUUCGGGAGAUUCCAAGAUCGGUCUCGGACUCAACUAGCGCCUUUGGCAGCAUUCCAGCACCGACGAACCAAUACGUGACCAGGCCUAGCACCCAAGGAUCGAUGACAUCUGCAAGUGGGCCAGUCAACACCAGAUCCGAUCUUCGUCUUCCGUCCCGGGGAUCGUAUGGUCAGCCAGUGGCACCGACAGUGGCUGCAACCAACGUCCAGGGUCGGGUUACGCAACCAACCAAGACCAGUCGGGGUUACAACAUUUCUGGUCCUCUGCCACAAUCGGGCGCCCAAAACUCCAUUGGACAACCGAUGACGACGCCGAUGCCGCCGCCUAGCUCGCAGCAACCACAGAAAGCCGCUCACCACCGACGGUCGAGUACAUUGAGUGGGCUCGGAGAGCGACUCUUUGGCAGAUCCAAUUCUGUGGUGAAAAAGGACGUCGAGCGACCAAAGAAUUCGCGAAAGUACCCGCCUACCAGCAUGAAAGAGUAUCCAUCGGAUGCACAACCUCGCAUGUCAACAGAUUCGAAGCGAUCUUUCUCUUUUGGACUAGGCAAGAAGAGGAGCACGGACAUGGAGAAUCAGGCGCAAACAGAGAAGCCGGUACGACGAUUUUCACUUAUUCCUAGUUCGAUGUCAUUCAAAGGUCUGAUGGGGGGAGUUAAGGAUGAAUAUUCCUCUAAACCGAGCACCCCGCAAGGUGAGCGCUUUGCUCCGGCGGCUUCGAGUCGAGCCACCGCCAGCCAGGAACAGAUGAAUCAACACAUUGCGAAUACAGAUGGACAGUAUGACGAACCGAGGGCGGUCAAAUACAACAACUUCUCACGACCACCUCAGUCCCAAUAUCAGGCACCACGCGUCCCGCCAACACAGACCAUGAACGAUGUCUAUGGUGGAACUGCUGUGUAUGCUCCGCAGGGACAGAGUGUCCAUCAACGUCAACAAAGUGAGCCUAUGGCGCACAUGAUGGCGUAUCCCGAAGCUGUUCAACCAAGCGGUCGACCAUCAAUGCAACAGGGGCGCCCAGCUCGAGGAGUACUGGUCAAGAACAACCGCAAGUUCACUGAAGCAUACGACCACGAGCAGGGGCCGACGCAUCACAGCGGAAGGUCCGGGGCUGUUAAGAAAGUCCAAGAUUUCUUCCGUCGACGUCGAGCACCCACGGACGCCGACUACCGAUGA